AUGGAAGGCAAGGGUCCAACACUGAUCACCGUCUCGGUCUUGUUCACAACAAUCGCAUUUCUCACAACGUCGCUACGGCUAUGGAUUCGUAAGCAGCGUCGAGCAUUCGGAGCGGACGAUUAUGCCAUUACAGUGGCCACGAUCUGCGCUAUCGUUGAAGCCGCACUUGCAAUCAAAGCUGUUACCAGAGGCAAAGGAAAACCAAGCUCAGCUCUCUCUAAAAGCGACCAGGAGUUCAUAAAUAUGUACAGUUGGUAUGCACAGCAUAUUCUGUUUGUAGCAAUGGCUUUGGUCAAGAUUUCUGUUUCUCUGCUCAUCAUUCGUAUCAAGCCAUCGACAUGGAUGAAAUGGAUCACCGGUAUUGUUAUCGCCAUCUUGGUCACGUCUACACUCGAGGUUAUUAUUGUGCUCUUGGCUCAGUGUAAGCCCAUCAGUCUCAAUUGGCGACAUGGCCCUGGAACGUGUUGGCCGGCUGAAGUACGCGUCUACUCGAUAUGCGUACAGGCUGGAACAUCCAUCCUUACAGAUCUAAUUUGCUCUUUGCUCCCGAUUGCUGCCACGUGGAAUAUUCGGUUACCUUUGAGGGAAAAAAUGUCGAUCUGGAUCUUGAUGGCUAUGGGCUUGGUUUGCACCGCAUGUUCUGCUGUCAGAGCCAAGUCACUAGAUUUGAAGGCAAUAGGUAUCGUCUACGAAUACUCAAUUGUAACAAUUUGGGCCAUGGCGGAAUUAUGUCUUGGCAUUACAGCCACUAACCUUGCCCUCUCACGUUCCGUGUAUCAGUAUUACUUCGGUGAUAAACACCGUAGUGCUAGAACCAAUCCGCCAGGGCAGUCUUAUUCAUCUGAAAGUCAUUCAGGUCAUACUCAUAUCCGACGAUCAAGGAAUCGAAAUUCGCAUUAUCUGCACAGUAUCCUAAGUGGAAAGAGGGAACUGAAUACAUCGCGAAGUGAGGAUAGUGAUGUGCCGCUGAAGCAGAUCAAGAGGAUCGAAAGGACUACAGAGAUAGAAAUGCACGCUUCUUAA